AUGCAGUCUGGUAUCAGUGCUUCGCGGGAGUCUGCUGCGAUUAGUGCUGCACUGAACUCGUGCUUGAUGCUCCAGCUUCUGAUGGGUAUCUACACUGUGGUGUACGCUGGAACGAUGUACCUAUGCUUAUCCAAAAGCGCCCGUAGUAAAAGCCGCCGUCUGGUCAUCUUCGUCAUCUCAGGUCUAUACCUAUCGUGUCUGGGCAUAUCCGUACUCCAAUGGUCCUCUCUGCAUCAUUCAAUUGUGACUCAAGGCGAAACGCGGGAAAGCGCCUAUUUGUCUGUGAUAGGAAGCGGGCCAAUGUGGUCUUAUGUGUUGCUCAAUAUGCUGUUUUAUGGUCUGUUUGUUAUGGCUGAUGGGCUGCUGGUUUGGAGGUGUUAUCAAGUUUACAAGCCAUCAACAAUGGUAUUGCUGGUCUUGUUGGCAUUUUUCUUCGUCGAACUUGGCCUCUUCAUCGCCGGGGUACUCAUAACAGGAAUAACCGGACCAAACCGAACCAUCGCCAACAUCACCCUCACCAACAAACUCCGCGGCGCACUCUACUUCGCAUCCUUCGCGACAACAGUGACCACCACGUCUCUAAUCGCACACAGGCUGCACCGCGCCUACCACGCCCAUGCGCGGCUAAGCGUCAAGUUGGAAUCGAUGGCCCCGAGGCGCGGUGGCUGGCUGAGGCAUAUCGCGGCGGUACUGGUCGAGUCUGCGGCGGUGUACUCGCUUGUGAUUUUGGUGUAUGCGAUUGGCAAUGCGGCGUCGGCGCGCGCGGGUGAGGGUGCGUCUAUGCGGAAUGUGGCGAUGUAUUUGGAGGUGGUUGUUGCUGUUACUGGGGGGAUGGCGCCGACUGUUUUGGUUGCGAGAAUUGCGAUUACGGAUCCUGACUAUGACACCGGUGCAUCGAUUCGUAUAUCAACGCUUCGGUUCCAUGGUCAGCACGCAUCAGAUAGUAAUUCCACGAGGGCAGAUGAAGAGAAUGGUCCCUCGCAAAUGGACGAUAGAUAG